ACCAGAUAAACGACCAGGAAGUCCGGGUUGAGGGCGGCGUAAGUAGUUAGGCAGCCGCUUCAUGAGACCUAUCCCAUACAUCUGCUAAAUUUGUGGACGUGGUUUAAAUUAAAGACAGAGGGGAGUGACCAUUCCAUAACAUCCGUAAUCUAAGGAAUAGCCACGUGUACAGGAACUAAGAAGACAAACCUCAAAUAUCUGGGAGCUCGCUACCAAUCAAAGUCAAGGGUGCGUUUGACGCAGACAAUGCAUCCCGUCCGCAGCUAGCUGGUGGCUCUGUUUCCUCUGCUUGUGUUUGUGCUGUAACUGCGCACUGCAGUUCUUGAGCCUGUUCGUGGGAGAAGACUCACUGUAGAAACUAUGCCAAGGAGGAGAGCUUGGUGCAGGUACGUGGGCACAGUGUGCCUGGCCUUGGUGGCCGUGCUCCUCAAAACGGACGUCCAGGCCCGUCCUGCCAACAUGUCAGCCCUCAAAGACAAGGACGCCAACAGCAAAGAGGACAACGAGAUCCUGCCUCCGGAUCACUUGAACGGCAUGAAACUGGAGAUGGACGGCCACCUCAACAAGGACUUCCACCAGGAGGUCUUCCUCGGGAAGGACAUGGAGGAGUUUGAAGAGGACUCUGAGCCCAGGAGGAACAGGAAGAAGCUGAUGGAGAUAUUUAGCAAGGUGGACUUCAACGGCGACCGCAGCGUGAGCGCCAAGGAGAUGCAGCGCUGGAUCAUGGAGAAGACGGAGGAGCACUUCCAGGAGGCGGUCAAAGAGAACAAGCUCAGCUUCCGGGCCGUGGACCCAGAUGGAGAUGGACAUGUGACGUGGGACGAGUACCGGGUGAAGUUCCUGGCCAGCAAAGGCUUUAACGAGAAGGAGGUGGCCGAGAAGAUCAAGAACAACGAAGAGCUAAAGGUGGAUGAGGAGACCCAAGAAGUUCUGGAGAGCCUGAAGGACCGCUGGUUCCAGGCAGACAACCCCCCAGCCGACCAGCUGCUGAACGAGGAGGAGUUCCUGUCAUUCCUGCACCCGGAGCACAGCCGCGGCAUGCUCAAGUACAUGGUCAAGGAGAUCGUCCGUGACCUCGACCAGGAUGGUGACCAGAAGCUGACCUUGUCCGAGUUCAUCUCCCUGCCCAUGGGGACAGUGGAGAACAAGCAGGCUCAGGACAUCGACGACGACUGGGUGCGCGAGCGGAAGAAGGAGUUCGAAGAGGUCAUCGACGCCAACCAUGACAAUAUCGUCACCAUGGAUGAGCUGGAAGAGUACAUGGACCCCAUGAAUGAGUACAACGCCCUGAACGAGGCCAAGCAAAUGAUCGCUGUCGCCGACGAGAACCAGAACCACAACCUGGAGCUGGAGGAGAUCCUGAAGUACAGCGAGUACUUCACUGGCAGCAAGCUGAUGGACUACGCCCGCAACGUGCACGAAGAGUUCUGAAUGAGGAGCCGCUUUCGCCUCCGCCCUCAGACUGUCCAGCCACGGGCCCAAGGGGGGUCCUGCCGGUGCGCUCGGUCCACAUGACCAGCCCGUCCCGUCUCCGAAAAAAAAAGAAGUCCCACGAUGUCUGGCAGAUUCCCCCUCGUCCAUUAAACAUCAUUAACAACCAGCCACUUAAGUGAUUUUACUCAAGGCUUUUUUCAUCAAGCAUCUUACAUGGUUUGCCCUCCAGCAACCAAUUAUGGACCCACUUAUUACCAUGUGGUGUUUCCUUCAGAUCUGAGUGCUUUCACAACCUGGCACCAUUGUUCAUUUUGUAUUAUGUAGUUUCAUAUGUGUGUGUGUAUAUAUACAAUAUAAAUUAUAUAUAUAUAUAUAUAUAUAUAUGUAAAAGUUCAGAGGAGAUUCUAAUUGCCACGAGCAGAGAGGUGUCCCCUCUCUGCAGUGUAAUUGGUAAAAGCACAUAUACACAGAUGGACAGCACAGGCAGCUUGGAGCAGGAAAACAAUCUCUCUUCAUUCCCUCACUAUUGUGUGUUUGCUUUUUGUGAACUCGGCAGCAUUUUCCCUUUGCUGUUGUUUCAGGUGUCAGUCGAGCCCUAGUAGGCACGCUUCAUGGCUUUUUUUCUAUAGCGUCUGGUUCUACAUCUCCAUUUGAUCAGUGUUCCAUCUGGCAGUGGCAGCUUGCUAACUUCCCUUUGCGUUUUGCCAGUAAAAUGAACCAGUACCUGAGGAAGCGCUAAAAAAAUUAGAAUGGCAAACAAGAAGUUCAGAGAUGCACAGUUUUGUUUUAUCUUAUUUUAAAACCUCAAGGAGUUGGCUGUAAUUCUCACAGAAGCCCUUGUCAGUCUGUCCAUAUCUCAGUUCCAACAAGGGAAUUAACUUAUUUAUUUAUUCUCAAGUGUAAUAAUGACACAUACAAAAAAUCCUCAUUUGGAGUCCUCAGAACUCUAAAUGUUUGGAGGAGCUGCUUUCCUAUUAGAAGUCAUGAGUAAGAUUCACUCCUGAGAUGAGCUAAAGGAUAAGUUGUAAAAUGUAAAUAAUUUGGAAAAGAAGUAUAUUCUGCGCACAGUCAUAGCUGGUUCUUAUUUUUCCCCCUAUUUUAAUGUCUAAAUUCUGCUUUUACUAGUAGCAGCAUCUCUAGUGCAAGUGGUUUUGCAAUAAGACUAAUAAAUGCCUGUUUUAUUUGUGUGAAUGAUUUCACACUUUUUUUUUCCUUGUUGAGGGGAUUUCCUGCUGAAGAUUGGUGCAGUGGCAAUCUUAAAUAUCCUUCAGAUUUACUGUUCUGUAUAUUUUGGUUUUCUCUGGCACCAUUAAAGGCUUGCUUUACCCACUUGUUUGCUUAACCUUUUCAUACCUCUUGAGGUGCAGUCAGUGCUAUUCAUGGAUGAAAUCCAGGUGUAGUUGGAUUGCUUGUGUCAGUAUAAUACAUUUAUAGUUUGCAUUUGCGUUUGAAGGACAUUGUGACUUUAUCCUGUGGAACCACAUUUUUCGAUUGGAUCCAGAGCAUAUCCCUUAAACGGAUGUACAGUGCAAAACCAUCCUUGAUAUGUAAACCAGUUUUAAUCUUAUAUCAGGUUAAUGAGAUGCAGCUUUCAGAUGCGUUGUAUUACAGAUUUA